ACCCCUUUUGUGCAAGCUGUCAGUGUACCGGUCAUGUUUGCGUGUUAGGGUUGACAUGACAGGGGCCCAGUUGAAACAAGUAGGCGCGUUGCCGAUCUGAACUAACCGUGGCGUCCGUCUUAACUUUAGAACCUCAUCUCAUCUCUUGUCUGCCCUUUCUUGCUUUCCCUCCACCGCCCUCGACGUCCGUGGAGCCUCCGCCGAGCUAGUGUAGCCUGUCGCCGCCAACCACUCAGUCUCUGCCAGCCCGAGCAUACGCUCUAAUAUUGGUUAAUUGCGCCGACACCGAGCCUUGCGUGCACCACUAUCAGGAGCAUCAACACCACGUCCACCGCUUUGUUCUCCGCCCACGUCUCCACACGAGCAGCAGAGCAGCUCAUUUGUAAAGGCAGUCACGCUUGAGCAGUCUACGACAGACAAUAUGGGUGCCUCAAUCUCAAAAAUGAUGGGCAAGAUCUUCGGAUCCAAGGAGAUGCGCCUGUUGAUGUUGGGUCUUGACGCAGCUGGGAAGACCACCAUCCUCUACAAGCUCAAGCUCGACCAGGACGUCACAACGAUCCCCACCGUUGGCUUCAACGUCGAGACCGUCACAUACAAGAACACCAAGUUCAACGUCUGGGAUGUCGGUGGUCAGGACAAGAUCCGCCCUCUGUGGAGACACUACUUCUCUGGAACCCAGGGUCUGAUCUUCGUUAUCGACUCUAACGACCGCGACCGUAUCGACGAGGCCCGCACCGAACUCACGCGCAUCAUCCAGGACAGGGAAAUGAAGGAUGCGUUGUUGCUGGUGUUCGCAAACAAGCAGGAUCUGCAAGGAGCUAUGCGACCAAAGGAAGUUUCAGACAAGCUGCAGCUCGAGAAGAUCGCGAAGGACCACGUUUGGAAGGUCGAGCCCAGCUGUGCGACCACAGGAGAGGGUAUAUUUGAAGGACUGGCAUGGCUCAGCAACAAUGUCAAGCUCCCCCAAGGCGGCAAGUAAGGCAUCGACGCCGUUCUUCGAUACCCAUCCCCGCCGUAUACGACUGCAUGCGCGCGCACUUCUGCAUAUACCCGGUUUUCUGUCUAAUGUCUGCGCCUACCCCAAUAUGACCUUCUAAUACCAGCUAUGCCAUGUGGCUGCAUUUCUUCUUUAGUCCGCGCACAUGGCGCCGGGUGAGAUACCCCCUUCAAAUUGGCUCGCUUGUACCACUUCAUGUAGAUUUUCUUGUUUUGUACAACACGAGUAUCGGGCGGUUCGAUAGAUGAG